AUGUGUUUCCACGCUUUUUAUACGUGUUUUUACUCUCUCUCUCUCUCUCUCUCUCUCUCUCUCUCUCUCUCUCUCUCUCUCUCUCUCUCUCUGUCGUUCUUUUUCUCUUUUUUCUGCCUUGUUCUCUUUGUUUUUUCCCUCUCUUUGUCCUUCUCUUUUAUCUCUUUCUUUCUCUCUCCUUCUCUCUUUCUUUCUCUCUUCUUCUCUCUUUUACUCUCUUUCUCUAUCUCUUUAUCUCCCUCUCUCUCUCCCUCUUUCUUUCUCUCUCUCUCGUUCUUUCUUUCUCUCUCUCUCUCUCUCGUUUACUUUUUCUCUCUCUCUCUCGUUUUCUUCUUCUCUAUCUUUCUCUCUCGCUUUUUCUAUAUACUUCUUUCUCUCUCCUUCUCUCUUUCUCUUUCUCCCUCUCUUUCUCUCUCUCCCGUUCUCUUUUUCUCUCUCCUUCUCUCUCUCAUUCACCUUUUUUCUCUCUCUCGUUUUUCUCUCUUUCUUUCUCACUUUCUCUUUCUCUCUCUUUCCCUCGUUAUCUUUUUCUCUCUCUUCCAAUCAUUCUUUCUCUUUCUUUUCAUCUUUAUCUCUCUCGUUCUCUUUCUAUCUCUCUUUAUCUCUCUCUUUCUUUGUCGCUUUCUCUCCCUCCCCAUCCUCUCUCACAAGAAAGCGAAACACGUGAAACUUCAUUAUCUAUCUAUCUAUCUAUCUAUCUAUCUAUCUAUCUAUCUAUCUAUCUCAGUCGGUUUUUAUCUAUUUCAGUGUGUUUCUAUCUAUCUAUUUAUCUAUCUAUAUAUCUAUCAAUCGAUCGACCGAACUACUAUCUUGCUAGCUCAUUCGUUUCACUAUCUAUCUAUCUAUCUAUCUAUCUAUCUAUCUAAGUCGGAUAUUAUCUAUCUAUUUCAGUGUGUUUAUGUCUUAAUUUUGAUUAAUCUAUCAAUCUUACUCUCUCUCUCUCUCUCUCUCUCUCUCUCUCUCGCUCAUUCGCUUCAUAAUCUGUUUAUCUAUCUAUUCAUCUAUCUAUUUCACUAUGUUUAUAUCUAUCUAUCUAUUUAUCUAUGUAGCUAUCUCUUCUUUAUUAUUUUCCCUAUACUCUUCCUAAAUCUUUCCCUCUUUAUUUAUUAUUUAAGGUUCACCUUUUAUUUUGUACUGUACUAUCUGCCUAUAUAUCUAUCUCGGUUUUUUUCUAUCUAUCUAUCUAUCUAUCUAUCUAUCUAUCUAUCUAUCUAUCUAUCUAUCUGUCUGUCUGUCCAUCUAUCUCAGUCGGUUUUUAUCUAUCUAUUUCAGUGUGUUUAUAUAUAUCUAUCUAUCAAUCUAUCUAUUGAUCGAUCUAUCUAUCUUGCUAGUUCAUUCGGUUCAUUAUCUAUCUAUCUAUCUAUCUAUCUAUCUCAGUCGAUUUCUAUCUAUCUAUUUCAGUGUUUAUAUCUAUCUAUCUAUCUAUCUAUCUUGCUAGCUCAUUCGGUUCAUUAUCUAUCUAUUUAUCUAUCUAUUUCAGUAUGUUUAUACCUAUCUAUCUAUCUCUCUCUAUCUAUCUAUCUAUCUCAAUUGGUUUAUAUCUAUCUAUCUACCAGUCGAAUAAACUUUUCAUUGAUCUAUCUAUCUAUCUAUCUAUCUAUCUAUCGAUCUAUCUUUCUUUCUUUCUUUCUAUCAAUCCAUUUUCCUAUCUGUCUAUAUAAAUCUUCUGUUCAUAUCUAUCUAUCUAUCUAUCUAUCUCUGUUUAUAUCUAUCUCAGUCUGUUCAUAUCUAUCUAUAUUAUCUAGCUAUCUAAGUCUAUCCAUAUCUCUAUAUCCAUUUCAGUCUGUUCAUAUCUAUCUAUCUGUGUCUCAGAUACAUUUUCUUUCUUUCUUUCUUUCUUUCUUUCUUUCUUUCUUUCUUUCUUUCUUUCUUUCUUUCUCAGGCAUCGACCCAAGUAUCUGA